AUUUUCGGCAACACACAUGACAGGAAGUUGAAAUAUUUAGGAAAAUGUUGGUGUUGGUAUUAGGUGACCUACACAUUCCACACAGGUGUAAUAGUUUGCCCAACAGAUUUAAGAAACUCUUGGUUCCUGGUAAAAUACAACAUAUCUUGUGCACAGGGAACCUAUGUACAAAGGAAUCAUUUGACUAUCUGAAAACACUGGCCAGUGAUGUCCAUGUGGUCAGAGGAGACUUUGAUGAGAACCUGAAUUACCCAGAGCAGAAAGUUGUUACAGUAGGACAAUUUAGAAUUGGUUUAUGUCAUGGCCAUCAGGUGGUACCGUGGGGUGACACAGAAAGCUUAGCAAUGGUUCAACGACAGUUAGAUGUGGAUAUUCUCAUUUCUGGACAUACACAUAAGUUUGAGGCAUUUGAACAUGAAAAUAAAUUCUACAUUAACCCAGGUUCGGCCACAGGAGCAUAUAAUGCUUUGGACAGCAAUGUGAUUUCAUCAUUUGUGAUUCUAGACAUUCAGCAGUCAACAGUUGUAGCUUAUGUAUAUAAACUGAUAAGUGAUGAUGUGAAAGUAGAAAGAAUAGAAUACAAGAAAAAUUAGAAUUUUACUACAUGUGUGGAGAAAGAUAAUAUGAAAAUUGUAAAGGAAAUACAUCUGUCAAAUUAUGUGAAAUAAAUCAUACUGUUAGACCAUGUUUGUUACAGAAAAUAACCUUUUUUUUCAAUUCAGUCAGUUGUAAUGUAUUACUGUUUCUCGACAAGAAUUUUGAUGGCUUGGGCAAUGAAUAAAGUAUUGCUGCCUUAAUAAAUCUAAGCAUGUAGGAAAUGAAUUCUUUUCAAAAAAUCUUGAAGAAAUUUCAAAUUUUAGCAGGAUUGUAAAAUUUCAAUACCCAAGGGAGAUAACUGUUUCAUGUUUUGCACAUUUUGUAAAUUGUCAUUUGAGCUUUAAAUUGUGGAAAUUUUUAAUGUAUUUAAACUUAAUAGAUUAUGGUCAUACCUUGGACUAUCCUACAUAAUUGUGGAAUAUCAAAAUAAUCAAUGAUAAAAUGUGAAAGUCAAUGUUACUUUUGUACUGCCAUUCUGUCUUUGAUACAUAAUAGAAGCCUUAAAAAGGAUUUUCAAAUGAACAAAAUGUUAUCAAAUGGUCAAUAUUUUCACUGAGAUUUUAUAACUGUAAUUAUUAUUUAUACAUUUUUCAUAUUUAUUUGUAAUGUCUGCACAUUCUGUUGUUGAUAAUAGUGCAAUAAAACAGACAUCUAAUUGUCCAAA